GUCUCAGCUCUGAGCGCCACGAGGGGCGGGGCAAGUAUUUCUUAACAAACUGCUGCUCUCGGUAGCCGACACUGCUUCCCCAGCCAGGUGCCAAAAACGAGGGGGAGAAGAGAGUGGGGUCGGUGACGGGAUAUCGGAGACUUGGCGGUGGAGGGCGGCUCAAAGCGGAGGCUUUAAUCUGUCUACCUGGAAGCGCCGGCAGCGUAGCUGCAGCACGCAAGGAUCAACAGCCGCCGAGCAACGCUCGCAGCGUGAGUGUGCCUGCGCGUGUGUCGCGUUGUGUGUGGCACCCUCCUGGCUGCCUAUUGGCUGGGCGAUGCUUGGCGUCACAAUUAGGAGUUCCUAUAAACUCCCCCACCCCAACAUAACGGGCUCUGGAUAAGUUCUAGUCAGUAAGGGAGGUGACCGGAGGGGUCCGAGCAAACAAAUGCUUUCAAGGCUGCUGGCUGCACGCGGCUCCCGGCCCAGCCAAACCCCGCGUGCGCUCCACAAGUUUGGAUCUUCUUCAGCGUGCCUGUAGCAGCAACGGAGAGCAGAGUGCCGCAAAGGUUCAGCGGCUGGGGACUUGGGGACUUCGGAUCCGCUGACGCGCAGAAGGGAGCUGGUGGCGUGGCGGACGGAUCCUCCGCUCGGACCUGCUCAGACUUCCGUGAAGUGAGAGCGGCGGCAAAAAAGGACCAAAAGUUAGUUUGUUGGUUUCCGAGGUGCCGGCCGCUAUGGAAGCGGUUAGCGCCCCCAGCUUUGUGCACGCCACGCUGGGCGCGAACGGCACUGGUGGCGGCGGCCAGAGCGCGGGCAAUUCCACCGCCUCUGACGAGAGCUGGCUGGUGGGCAUGGGCAUCCUCAUGUCCGUGAUCGUGCUGGCCAUCGUCUUUGGCAACGUGCUGGUGAUCACCGCCAUCGCCAGGUUCCAACGGCUGCAGACGGUCACCAACUGUUUCAUCACCUCCCUCGCUUGCGCGGACCUCUUGAUGGGGCUGGCGGUGGUCCCUUUCGGAGCCAGCCACAUCAUCCAGCGCACGUGGAAGUUCGGGAACUUCUGGUGCGAGUUUUGGACCGCGAUCGAUGUGCUGUGCGUAACGGCCAGCAUUGAGACUCUCUGCGUCAUUGCCGUGGACAGGUACUUCGCCAUCACUUCCCCCUUCAAGUAUCAAAGCCUCUUGACCAAGAAUAAAGCCAGGAUGGUAAUCCUGCUAAUUUGGGUCAUUUCUCUCCUAACCUCCUUCUUGCCUAUCCAAAUGCACUGGUACAGAGCCAGGGAGGAUGAGAAGGCUGAACAGUGCUAUAAGGACGAUGCCUGCUGUGACUUCUUCACCAACAAAGAGUAUGCCAUCGCUUCUUCUAUCAUCUCCUUCUAUCUACCAUUGGUGGUCAUGGUUUUUGUCUAUGCCAGGGUCUUCCAGGUUGCCCGGAAGCAGCUAAAGAAGAUAGACAAAUGUGAAGGGCGGUUCCACCAGCAAAGUUUGCAGCAGGAGCAACAGGCUGGCAGGGCAACUCACAGGAGGACAUCCAAGUUUUGCUUGAAGGAACACAAAGCUCUCAAAACCCUGGGCAUUAUCAUGGGCGUCUUCACAUUGUGCUGGCUCCCCUUUUUCAUUGUCAACAUAGUACAUGUUGUCUCUGAGGAUGUCAUUCCCACGUUUCUGUACAAAGUUUUGAACUGGGUGGGAUAUGUCAAUUCUGCCUUCAACCCCUUAAUUUACUGCCGGAGCCCAGACUUCAGGUAUGCUUUCCAGGAGAUCCUUUGCUUCCGGAGGUCUGCCCUGAAAAUGUACGUCAAUGGGUAUUCCAACAGCAAUGGGAAAGGCGACUUCAAUGGGGAUCACAAUGGCUAUCACAUGGGACAAGAGAAGGCUAGAGAAUUGCUGUGUGAAGAAGGCCACCCCCAUACUGGGGACGAGUUUUUGCACUGUAAAGAGAUCCCUGGGUGUCCUGGAAUGGUUGAAAGUUGAACGAGCUAAGCACUUCUCCUCACCAUUUGCAACUUGCAGAAGCUUGUGAAGAGACAAGUCCAAGUUCAGUGAUACCUUUAUGGUGGAACUUCACAUUCCAUAAUAAAGGGAGAUAGGAAAGGACAGCGAGCAAGCCAAGACUCCAUCCUUACUCUGAAAUGGGAGGAAUCGGCAGUGAAUGAAUCAUUUUGGGGAUUCACCUGUGAGAAGCCACAUCAGUUCUGUGAAACUACUGCUUGAGAUAGGAUUGGAGGAGGCUACACCAUGCAACAAUAGAAGGCUUUCUUGAAGCUGAACAGUAUGAGUUUCCAGAAGCAGGGGAAGAGUUAACAAAAUCUUUCUCACCCACACUGUCUCCACAGAAAACAUCCUCAAGGAAGAAAGUUGGGAAUACCUUUUCCAAUCUUAUUGUUUGCCUACCUGUGGAAGGGGCAUCAAAUAUCCAGCUUCCUAGUGAAGCCAAUGGAUUGUUACAGUCUGAGCUGGAUCUCUGCAGCUCAAAUAUGAACAGAAUCUUGGAUGUAAUAAAUGGAGAAGCACUAUGAAAACCAAAUUGGUUUGUAAUAUGCACUCGAAGCUGUUUUCUGCUCCUGCAAGUCUUUAGUCAACUUUUCCCAAGUCAGACCCCCCUCCUCCUGCCCUGAGCCAUGUGGUACCACAAAGCCGGAAGUGAAACAUCAUCCUGCGAUAAGACUUUUACCAAAGACCCUUAUUCAGAUAGACCCAGUUCUUGGUAAUAUUGGCUUCUGUGCAAUUUCAUUUAAACAAGGAUUGCAUGAGACCAAGAUUGGAAGGCAGCUUCUCUCUUUUCUUUUCAAAAAGCUUGUAAGCAACCAAACAACCCUCAUAUACUGUUUCUGAAACUAACCUUUCUUGCAUGGAACCUAGACCUAUCAUAGGAUGGCUGAAUUCUUCCUUUGGAAUAUAGAGAGGUCUGGCCUUGACUAGUACUAUUUUGCUAGCUCUAGGUCCUGAUGAAGUACAAUACCCUUUAUUCGUUGGUUAGGAGACAAUGUGGCCAUUAGGACUAUGCACAGAUCCCCCCCCCAUCUGCCCAUGGUUCCAAUCUGAAGGGGGGGGCAUUAGGCCGACCCACCCUGGGUCGACCCAGGAACCACCCACCCCAGCUCAGAGCUACUCUUGGAUAAGUUCGGGUGGGGCAGGGCUCAUGCUUAAUGAGGGUAAAAAGACCUAAUUAAAUAUAUGGUGAGGAGGGGGGCAGGGGAAGGAGAACUUGCCUCCUUCCUGAUCGAAAGCAGGGCCAAUUUAUCCUUCACAAUGCUGUUUCCUUCAGGAAAGCAAUUUGCAAAACAGCAUUGCACUGGAGGGAGCGAUCCUGGAAAAUGUUUUGCAAGGGACUUUCCUGCAAAACAAUAUCCCCCAGGAUUAUCCCCCCCCUUGCAAAACAGCAUCACAUAGGAGGGAGUGAUCCUGUAGAGUGCUGUCUUGCAAAACAGCCCCUACACCCCUGGAGGAUUGUUGCCUCUGCUUAUCAGACUGGAAAGAGAGUCAUGGCUGCCUCUUUAUCCUUCCUGAUGCUGCAUCCCCAGGGCCGCUCUGAGUCAUUGAAUAUGACCCAUAGCAAUCUGCAGUACCUACCUUGGCCAAAGCCAAAACCCAUCUAAAUGGGCCCAAUUUGGCUCAGACCUUGGCUAAAUCUGAUGCACAACCCUAGUGGCCAUUCCUUGCAGGAAGGGGAAGGAGGCCAUAUAGAGUGCUGGGAGGGACAGAUCAGUGCUGGGGAAGCUUACAUGAGGAUUAUGGAGUCAAAGCUGGAUGGGUGAGGGUGGUUUCAGGAUAUGGGAGAAUCCUUCAAGUUAUGGUUUUAUAACAAAAUUCCAUUCCCUGUAUAUUAUAUUAAGAAUUCUAAGGUGUAAAAAAAAUGCUCUCAAAUGUAAUAUUUUUCAGCCUGGAAGGUAACAUUUGGCUUAAAAAUGCAGAAGAAAACGUUCUUCAUUUUGAUGAUUAUGUUAAGGGCUUUGUCCCAUAAGGUUUAAAAGAUGCCUGGAGCCGACCCAUGUUUUAUUAAGGCUUCUAUGUAGAGUGCUGUCCCUUCGCCAAUAAGUGUAAUAUUGCCUAAAAUCAAAUGACUUUUUGCUCUCUGCGGCUAAAGAGAAAUCCAUGCUAUAAACUGCAAAGAAACUCGUGUUCUUGCCAUUGUGAAUGAUAGUAUUGCUGUUUGCUCUCAUGGACUGUGUGCAAGCAUGAACUCCUACCCAUUGGAUCCCUUUGAGACCAUUGGAUCCCUGAGUAUCAGGGGGGUAGGGAGGGCAGGGAGGAGAAGGAAGGGAUUCAGGGCUCUGCAGAGCAUGUUUGCUGUGAAAUCAAGACACACUGGGCUUCACCCUGUGCUGCUCUACAGUUGUGAUGUCUAUUUAUUUAUUGGAUGAGGAUGAUGUAAGAGGAAAUUGCAGAGUUCUCUAGCUUCCUUGCCUUCCUUUCUACAGGGGAAGAGAGUGCCAAUUCUCACAGACCAAUAGCCACUGGCUCCACCAAAAUAAAAAUUGAAUCCAUUGCAUGACGGUGUCCAAUAUCUGGUAGAAAAAACAUUAAGAUGUACAGUCUGUCAUUUUCUUCUUACUAGAUAGGUCCAGAAAAGGAUCCAGAGGAGAAAAUACCAAUUUGCUAUUGUCCAUUCUCUCCAUUGCUGCUUUCUUAGAAAUGCCAUGGGUAGUAUUUAAAAAAACUGAGUAAAUGCUGAACUCUCCAUUGCAUGCCUUCACUGUGUACAAUCAGCAGGCCAAGAGCCUUAGUGGAUAUAAACCAGGCUAACUUCACUACAGUCACUAUGUUUAUCUAUGCAUAUUUCUCCAGCAGAGGCUCUCCACUGUGGCUCGCUAUCAUACAUUGCAAGCUGUGUAAGCAAACAUUUUCACUGUCCACACUGGCAUUUGACUGUUAUCCAUCAGAGCCAAACUAGGGAUGAUACAAAAGAUCUGUGAACAGCUGCAGGGUCCCUGAUGUCCCUGAUCACAAAACCCAGAAGUCUGUGUGUUUGGGGGAGGCAUAGAGCCCACAUUUUAUGUCAGUCAAUUAUUUGGAGUGACACACAGCAGUUAACAUGUACAAUUUUUGGCAUAAAAACCCUUUGAGGGCAUAUCAGCUCAAAUCUUUCUGGCCUCUAACAAGCCACUCCUGUGACAACCCAGAUAUUGUAUAAACCUUAUUCAGAGAUUAUUGAUGUUGGGUACCAAUAAUUCUCUACACAUGGUAACAUAUGUUGCCAAGGGCCAAGAUGAUGGUGGAUCUAUCCCUGCCAUGCCAAAGUCCUGUAAAUGCCUUAUGUAGCAUCACCCAGUUUAGAGCUGCAUUUCUUCAUCAGGAACAUGAAUGGAGGUAGCAUUAAAACAGCUGCCCAGCAUGCAAAGACCAUCAUCAAAAACUCAUGCUAUGAAAGCCACAUGUAUGGUCAUGAUACUAGCCAGUUGCAAAAUGCAACAUGGGCAUAAGAAACAGCCAGGCAACAGCUCAUGUUUGGGCAGUACAAUCCUAUAGAUCCGCUAUGUUAUUCGCUACUAACACCAACACAACAUUGGUGUAGUCAUGAUCUUAUUCAUUUCAAACUGCAAAUCAGACAACAAAAUGAUACUAUUUUAAAGGACAGACAGAAUAGCAGCACUGACCUCCAUUAAAAUUUCCAUUACAGCUCUGCUAUCACCCACCAAUCUUGGUGUUGUGUAUCAUCACUGCUUCCUUGUUCGUCAUGCACAAAAGGAAAUGAUCAAUGCACAAUGAUGGCUCAGUGACCCCCUAAUGUCACCUUGUCUAGGACUCACACAAAAUAUAAAAGGGCAACUACAAAGAUAUCACACUGUCCAACCAAGCAUGGACCAUUGUGAUACAACAGCCACAGUUGAUCAACAGCUGCCUUCAACAGCCAUGGUCUCCAGGACUUCCUACAGAAUGAUUUUGAAUCUCUUUGUAGCACCAAUAUAUUCAAACAAGAUGCAAUCAUGCCAGGCAAACACAUGGAAGCACACAGGGAAGGAAAGAGCGGGCUUUCAGACUGUAAUACCUAGCCAACUCCAUAGGUCAGCUGGGAAGAAGCAUGAAUGAAGAACUCAUGGGCUACUGAGGAAAAGGGUUCAAGUCUCACUGGCAUUCAUCUAAAUGAUCCAUGUAAUGCAGCCUGUGUGGAGGGCAUAAGCGUAUUGCAAAGGAGAGAGUCGCAAGCACAUGGAAGAAAAAGAACCCCAACAGGGAGCUUACAGGGACCAGCAUCAGGAGCUGCCUGCUAGCUCCUCAGGAAUGAAUAAUACCAUGAGAGGUGAUAGACAUAAGAGUGAAUCACACACCUUGGAGAAAUAUUGAUUUGCCACCCCACCUGCAAGGUAAAAUUCAUGUUUUGAUUCCCUGGCCAGAAACAAUUAUCAGAUGCAAAAAAGGUAGAGGAAGAAGAACUAGGACACCCAUGCUUCCUACAGCAGCUUCCUAAACACACAAGUCACAGAAAAAAGAUGCAUGAUAAGUCACAGAAAAAAACAUGCAGCCCACUGACCCAAACAUAUGAACAUGAACAAGUUUCCUUGUACCAAGCCACAGCAAUUGUCCACCUGGCUCCGUAUUUCCUACACUGACUGGCAGUGGCUCUCCAGGAUUUCAGACAGGGUAAAAGUGUCUCAACAUCUAUGGUAGUUGUAUGUGUAUGGACAUAGAUCAAUGCAGUUUUGUUUGUUAUCAUGCUAGCUCCUGCUGAUGAUGUUGGUUUUUGAGUCUGAAGAACUUUGAGGGUGCUUCGGAAAAGGGCAACCAAAAUGAUCAAGGAGAUGGACCAACUCCCCUAUGAGCAGCAUUUGAGGCUUUUUAGUUUAGAGAAAAGACAAGUAAGAGGUGACACGAUAGAAUGCAUACAAUUGUGAAUGGCAUGGAGAAAGUGGAUAGAGAAAAGUUUCCUCCCUCUCUCAUGACGCAGGACCUCGAUAUCUGACGGAACGCCUCUCCCGCUAUGAACCGGCUCGUACACUACGGUCUGCUACGAAGGCCCUCCUCCGGGUUCCAACUCAUAGGGAGGCCCGGAGGGUGGUGACAAGAUUAAGGGCCUUCUCAGUGGUGGCCCCGAACUAUGGAAUAGUCUCCCUGAGGAGGUCCGCCUGGCGCCGACACUGUCAUCCUUUCGGCGCCAGGUUAAAACCUUCCUUUAUUCCCAGGCAUUUUAAUUUUAAUUUUAAUUUUAAUUUUUGUUAACGUAUUGUAAUGUCUGAAACUUGAUUCUGAGCCUUUGCUGUUUUAGACUGUGAUAUUUGAUUUUAGACUGUGAUGUUUUUUGUACCAUACUGUAUUUUAUUGUAUCUAUGUUCACCGCCCAGAGAGCUAUUGCUAGUCGGGCGGUAUAUAAGUUUUAAAAAUAAAUAAAAAUAAAUAAAUGACACUAGAACUCAUGAACAUCCAAUGAAGCUGAAUCCUGAGAGAUUCCGGACAGACAAAAGGAAGUAUUUAUUUAUUUAUUUAUUUUAUUUCAUUUUUAAACCGCCCAUAGCGAAUAGCUCUCUGGGCGGUGUACAAAAGAUUAAAAGUACAGAAAUACAAAAUAUCACAAUAAAUAAACUGAAACAAAGAGAUUUAAAAUUGUAACAUUAAACGCAUUAAAAUGCCUGGGAGCAUAGCCAGGUCUUAACCUGGCGCCGAAAAGAUAGAAGCGUCGGCGCCAGGCGUAUUUCUUCGGGGAGGCUA